GGUUUUCAGCCGCUCGCAGGGGGCUCUGUCAACAGUUGGGCGACUCCAUAGCGAUCCGGCGUCGGAUACUGCUACAAACUGAACGCCACGCAAGGAGUCUUGCCGUCAGGCGCGUACCUGGUAACCUUCUUCACCAUCCAGAAAAACGAGCUCUCACGGCAGCAAUAAGCACCAUGUCAACGAGUCAAGGGGAUAAAUUCGAGUACCCACCGAUACCAGAAGCGAGUGGAGGCGAGACGCGGAUCCAAUGCCCCUUUUGCUUCAAGGCCUUGGGACGCAAAGAACUGGAGGCGGGAGACGACUACUGGAAACAUCACAGCUUACGGCUCGCCUUGAAGGUUUUUCGCUGAGGGAGGUAGUCGUUCUUUGGAUCCCUAUUAUAGAAUCUUGGAGGCCUUUCUCUAUCCUAGAAAUACUUAGGUAUCAAAGGCUUUUCCUAGCCGGUGUAUUCUGU